ACAAUUAGCGAAGUUAAUGAACAAACUUCGUGUUUUAUUUUACUCUAGUACUUGCAUGUAUGUCCUGUCUUUUUUAAAUUUAUUAAUGAAGUAUUCUGCACAAGGGAGUUAAGCAUGAACAGUAAAUAACUGGGUUACAUCUAAAAAGCCAAUCAUGAUUGUCUUAGUCAUCCUUGCUGCACUCUUCGCCUUCUCCCAAUGUCGAGCCGUUUACGACCAUGAUGGGGAGUACAAAAAACUUCUCUUUGCAAUUGCGGGGGAAUAUGGCGAUCCGAAAGUUUUUAUAGUUAGGGACUUUCAGGACGAGCGAGUUUGGAUUUCCGCCUACAGAGCGUGGGUGUAUCCAGUGAACACAACUGUAUUUCCAGGAAUGCAGACAAUGUACGUUCGAGAAGAGAUUCCACCUGGAUUGGUCAAAAAAAGUCUGUGGACUUUCAAAAAGUACAUAGAUAGAUGGUUUUAUAAAAUUGAUGUUACUAGAUAUAACUUCACUAGCAAUGUAAACCCUCCUGAUGACCCCAGAGGGUCUACGUUCUUUAACAAUCUUGCUAUCACUUCUCUAGUUCACAAUAACUUUUGUGACGGCAUGUUCGGAUUAAUAGAAUGGAAUGCUACAAAUUGGGUUGGUGGUUUGGAUUUGUGUGAAUUUAACUCUGAGGAAAAAGAAGAAUAUGCUAUUGAUAUCAGUUGUAGCUACUUUAAGAUCUGGGGUGUGACUUAUCCGACAGGAAACUAUACCGAUUUUAUUCUUUAUAAAAAGAAAUUGAUUGAUUUCCCCCCAGAUUGGUAUGUGAGAUCAACGCCAUGUCAAUUGAUAAGCACUGGUUAGGGUCAAUAUUUAUUUCUGGCUGCCACAUAGUCUAACGUGUUUUGUAAAUGGAAGACUCAUUUUAGGUUGCAGUUGCAUUAUGAUGGAGUCUAGGAUUGUACAGUAAAUAAAUGGAUCUCCUAUA